CGCUGGCCGCGGCAGCAGAGUCGUCCGACGCCCCACGAGUGCGGACGCGAGUUGGUCGCUUCUCCCGCGUGCCCCGUCGCCACGAAGUUUCCCCGGACAUUUUUCUCGCUUUUUUUUCUCAGUUUUCCGAAUUUUCGCCCGGUUCUUUCGCCCCCCGCCUGAGUGCGGGCCGGUCUAGUGUCAGUGCACCGUCCUGGGAUAGUGUGUGUUGUGCUGUGUGGAUUUUGCCCUGUGUUGUGUUGGUUUACGCGGCCGUGCCCCAGGAAGGAAUUCCAUCACGAGAAUAAACUCGUCGGAUUUUAUACUCUCUCACGAUAGUUGCGUCACUUCAAACAGUGAUCCGGAAAAAGUGAAAAAUGUGCGAUAGCUGAUGAGGAACAUGGGAGCCACAGACGGUCAGAUCGUGGCAGCAGCAGCGCGUUGGGCGGACGAAGGACACUACCUGAAGGAGUUCGUGGCCAAGCAGCGGCUGCCCGCGGUCGUCAAGAUAAUCAAAGGCCAAUAUGGUGGGAUCGGGGUGCCGACGCUGCCCUCGCCAGGGCUCCAGUCUUCCAUCCUCCUCGUGUCGCUGGGCCGCAGGAAAAAGAUCAUCGCACAAUCGGUCAAGCUAAAAGAAGGCCGUCGGAUAGUGCCCGUCGGGCCGAGGAUAGUCAUCCCGGAGACCUACGCCGGGUACUUCGAGAUCCUCAGCGAAGAAGGGAAGUCAGUCCGGUGCAUAGAGAGCGUCGCCGAGCUCAGCCGAAGACGCCUGGAGGCCGGGUGUUUAGUUCGGGAAGCAGUGCGCGGGAUAGUAGGUCGCUAUGAGGAUGACGGUUCCGUAUCGGCAGACGGAGCGCGCAUCGUCCAGGUCGGCGAGGUCCUCUUCCCGGAGGUCGAGACGAACCUCGGCAACUCCAAAGCGCGCUACCUUCGCUGCGUCGAUUCCCUAGGCGACAUCCUCCUCCUGGGCCUCGAGCAGCGGGGCAAGUUCAGCGCCCUAGCCAAAGAAGACAACAUCAGCGGCGUGCACACCGCCAAGAACCUGCUGAACAAGCGCUUGCCGCUCACCGUUCGGCUCGCCCACGGGACCCCACCGCGGGGCCUCAAGAACGCCAACAACUUUGUGCCAGAGCUCCGCCUCCUAUCCACGGUAGAAGAGGAGCACAUUUUCGCCCUACCCUUACAGAAAGAAACCGGUUCCAUCGUGGUGCUCCCCCUGGCGGCUCCGCUCAAGCUCCAGCGCACCCGCAACGAGGAGUACCUCAAGGACCUGACGGAGUUCCACCGGCUCGUCGAGCGAUGUGAUAGGCUCGUGGCGGAGGUGGCCGACCGCGCCUACGUCCUGGAGGGCAAGCUCGGCGACCCCAAGUCCUCGCGGCUCGCCCCCAGCACCCCCGCCGCCAAGACCGGCUACUUCCUCCGGCGCAGCGCCUCCGUCGACUCCAACCACCUCUCGCCCGGCCAUAUCAACAACGAAAACCGGACCCCUCGACUGCACCCCGAAGACUACGACGAGAUAGACCAGAUCUACGACUACGUCCGCGGCUUCGCGCCGCUCCCGAAGAACAUCCGGUCGCCCUUCCCGUGCGAGCCCAUCGACGAUGUGUCGUCUCCGCCGGCCUCGCCGAAAGACAAGAAGCCGGAGCCGCCGCCGAUCGAGACGAUCCCGAGCAAGCAGUGCUCGAAGGCGGAGAAGCGGACGCGGACGAAGACGGUGUCGCGGGAGGCGCCGGUGCCGAUGGUGAAGCUGUACGUGAAGAACGGGAACACGCAGCGGGGGCGGCUGCUCCGGCAGAAGUCGAACCCGCUGAAGGAGCAGGUGCCGCUGGUGAAGUCGGGGUCGCCGAUCUUCAACAUCCGCUACAAGUCGAUGUCGAACCUGCAGCACGGGAUGGAGUUGGACGGGACGUUGGACUCUAGUCACUCCGGCGGGCGGACCUCGGGCGAUUCCGGGGCCGGCGCCAAGUUACCAGAGAAGCGAUCGCGAAGACUGAGCCGCCCGCGGUCCCUGACGAACCUCGUCUGGGAGCUCCCCGGCGGCGAGGUGGUGCUCCCGCACCCCCUCCCCCAGGUCCUCCCCCAGGACAAGAGGCCCAAGCCCAUCAAGCUCGAGGCCGGCGUCCACAGGAAGAACUCCGCCACGCAUAAGCUCUCGCUCGUCGGCCAGAAGCGGAUCGGCACCCUUUAUCUUUGAAAGGGGCUGCCUGGUGACUUGCGAGUGAUGGACCCGCGAAGAGAAACUGCCUCUCAUCACCUGUAAAAUAAUAGUCCAAUUCCCAGUUUGGUCGCAGUAUUGUACAUAACCAAGACGUGUCUUUCCGUUUCGACUCGAGCGACCCUCAAGUUCUUCGUUCGAUGGUGAAAUUCGGCGGUUCGGAGCCCGGGAAAUUCGAAUAAGCUUCAAGGCAUGUGUUGCGCAGUGAGCGAGCUUUCCCGCGCGCGCUGGAUCUCACCAUCCCAUGGAUAAGAGAGGGACCUCGGAGUCUGUUCUCGCUGAGCGUAGCUCUGCCUGAGCUUCUCAGCGGUGUUUUGGCCAUUCAAAUCAAAGCUGUAGAUUAAAGUGAUUGUUUUUAUUUAUCGUCUGUAAAAACAGUUCUUUUAUUUUAAGUUAAGCGUGUAAUAAUGAAUAAAAAUUCUAUUGCUCAAUA